AUGGGAGGUGGUCAGAGGCGGACGACCCAGAAUCAAACGACGUCGUCGGCAUCGUCGUCAUGCUGGUCGCAUUUCUGGUCGUCGGCUUUAAGGACCAAACCCUUGGGCUCUCCAUUGGAAGUUGCCGUCCGCACGAACUCCGGCGACGGCCUCGUCCGUCGCCUCGGCAUGUUUGACCUCAUACUCCUCGGCGUCGGCGCUUCUAUAGGCGCCGGCAUAUUCGUCGUCACCGGCACCGUCGCCCACGACGCUGGCCCUGGAGUGACUAUUAGUUUCAUUCUUGCUGGAGUUUCUUGUGUGUUCAAUGCACUCUGUUACGCUGAGCUAGCUUCUCGCUUUCCUGCCGUUGUUGGUGGAGCAUACCUUUACACAUACACAGCUUUCAAUGAGCUCACUGCUUUUCUUGUUUUUGCACAACUUAUGCUCGACUAUCAUAUUGGAGCCGCAAGCAUAGCCCGGAGCUUAGCAAGCUAUGUAGUUACAAUUCUAGAACUAUUCCCAAUUUUUAAGGAAAACAUUCCAGACUGGAUUGGACACGGUGGCCAAGAGUUCCUCGGAGGAGCUAUAUCGAUCAAUGUAUUAGCUCCUGUUCUCCUUGUGCUUCUUACUGUAAUCCUUUGUCGGGGUGUAGGAGAAUCCGCUGCCGUAAACUCAUUUAUGACUGCAACAAAGGUUAUCAUUGUUAUUAUUGUCAUCUUCGCUGGUGCUUUUGAGGUUGAUACUUCAAAUUGGACCCCUUUUGCCCCAGAUGGUUUCAAACCAAUAUUGACUGGAGCAACAGUUGUAUUUUUUGCAUAUGUUGGAUUUGAUGCAGUUGCUAAUUCAGCUGAAGAAUCAAAGAGACCACAGCGGGACUUGCCAAUAGGAAUCAUCGGCAGCCUUCUAAUAUGUAUUGCAUUGUAUAUUGGUGUCUGUUUGGUGAUCACUGGAAUGCUACCUUACUAUUUACUUGGGGAAGAUGCUCCAUUGGCUAAUGCUUUUACAUCCAAGGGAUUGAAAUUUGUUUCAAUCUUAAUCAGUGUUGGUGCUGUUGCUGGACUUACGACUACCCUUCUAGUUGGUCUGUAUGUUCAGUCUCGAUUAUAUCUUGGGCUUGGAAGAGAUGGUUUACUACCUUCAGUGUUUGCUAGAGUACACCCAAGAUGCCACACUCCCAUUCAUUCUCAGGUCUGGGUUGGUAUUGUUGCUGCCGCCUUGGCAGGCUUGUUCAAUGUGCAUAUUCUCUCGCACAUUCUUUCAGUUGGGUCAUUGACAGGCUACUCUGUCGUUGCUGCAUGUGUUGUUGCUCUUCGUUUGAAAGAUAAGGCAUCAAGUCAAGUGUCUUCUUCUACCUGGCGGGAAGGUGUCAUCUGCCUCUUAAUAGUUGCAUGUGGUGGUUUUAGUGCUGGACUCUGCUACAGAUUCAGUGUUUCAAUUGUUUUUCUGGUGGUAGCUGUAGUUGUGGCAAUACUGGCUAUGGGUGCUCUUUGUUUCCGCCAAGUUUAUGCCGAUCUGCCAGGGUUUUCUUGUCCUGGUGUUCCUAUUGUCCCAGCCGCAUGCAUCUUCUUCAACAUGUUUCUAUUCGCCCAGAUACACCAUGAAGCAUGGGUGAGAUUUGUCAUCCUUAGCAUUAUUACAGUUGGUAUUUAUGCAUUUUAUGGGCAAUAUCACGUGGAUCCGAGUUCAGAGGAGACUAUUAUUUAUCACCGAGCGUUAGGAGAAGAACGGUCUAAAGCUACUGCAGCAUCAACGGAAGGGACCUCAACUGAAAAUCUAAAGCCUACUCAAGCUUAG